UCUGGUUUUAGGGGGCGUUAAGGUGAGCUCCAGUAGGUUUAACUAUCUUUGGUUUACCAGCAACUUCGAUGAGCGACGGACGAGAAAGGAGCCUGGUUUUCAGUGGGCCUAUUAUAACGGUUCUUCUUCCCGUCCCUGGGAAGGAAGCACGGUCGGAGCCGAACGACCCGGACACUGACCGGCGUCUGCAGACAACAACGGGGAGAGUGGCGGCGGUCGCCGUCCCGUGUGCCCCCCUGCGGAAAUGGAAAUGACCACCAGCGGUUCAAACGGCGACUCGAAAGGCGAUUAUGUCAAUCGCGAUGGGCUGAACGGAGGAAACAGUGGAGACACGACCGAGAUAACCGUGCCUCUGACUCUGCCCAAGCGGAUGACGCCCGUGGAGGGCAACAAUCUAUACCGAUUACGGGACAGGAAAUUUGUGCUGGAGGAUAAAAAGCGUCUCUGCGCGUGGGCUCUGGGCGUCGCGCUCCUCGGCAUCCUGCUGAUGAUCUGCCGCGCCGAGAUGUGCCCGUCUGUUUAUCAUCCGGGUUCUUCCUAUUCCUUCAUCAUCAGCUGCUCCAUCAGUAUGUCUACAGCCUGUCUGCUGGUCCUCAUCAUAGCUUUCCAUUAUAAAGACAUUAGGCUCUUCAUCAUCGACCACCACCACGUGGACUGGCGCAUCGCUAUGACCGGCCACAAGAUGCUGCUCAUCUCCCUGGAGCUGCUGGUGUGCGCGGUGCACCCCGUGGGGACCUACUGGGAGGUGGCCCUCUCCACCCCGGAGUGGCGCACCCAGCGCCUCGACGCCAACACCUCCCUCUCACCCACGGCGUCCGUGCUGUGCGUGUCGGAGCGGCACGGCGAGCGUGUGGCGGACGCGGAGCUGCUGCUGUCCCUGCUGAUGUUCCUGCGGCUGUACCUGGUGCACCGCGCCAUCCUGCUGCACAGCAAGGUGCUGCUGAGCGCCUCGUACCGCAGCAUCGGCUCGCUCAACAACAUCAACUUCACCUUCCGCUUCGUGCUCAAGGUGCUGAUGGACAAGUACCCGGCGCGCACCCUGCUGGCGUUCAUCCUGCUCAUCUGGCUGGUGGCGUCCUGGAUGCUCACCCUGUGCGAGAGGCAGAAGCAGCAGGUGAAGACGGGGAACAUGGACACGGCCCUGUGGCUCAUCGCCAUCACCUUCCUCACCGUUGGUUACGGCGACGUAUCGCCAGAGACGAGCUGCGGCAAGGGCGUGUGUCUUCUCACCGGCGUCAUGGGCGUAGCAUGCACUGCCAUGCUGGUGGCGGUAGUGACUAAGAAGCUGGCCUUGAACAAAGGAGAGAAGCACGUCCACUUCUUCAUGCUGGAUAUCCAGAUCUCUAAGAGGAUCCGGCACGCGGCCGCCAACGUUCUGAGGGAGUGCUGGCUGCGUCACCGCACCAACCUCUGCCGCAGGAGCAACGCCGAGCAGCGCAGACACCAGCGGUGCCUGCUGGAGGCCAUCAGAGUAUUCCGCCACCUGCGUCUCAAGCAGAGGAAGCUGAGAGACUACGCCAGUGAGAUGGUGGACCUCCCGAAGAUGCAGAUGAUCAUGUGCGACCUGAGCGCCAACUGGAACAACUCGUACCGGGAGCUGGAGCAGCGCAUCCUGUCCAUGGAGCAGAAGCUAGACGAUCUGAACCAAUGCUUCCAGCAGACUUCCGAGCUCCUGUCCCGAGCGCUGUGCCACCGCAACCCAGAUAUCAGGUAGCACAGUCGGGACUCUUUGGCCACUCUCGGGAGUCAGGUCCGUUGGAACUCAGUCUAGCCAAGUAUGAAGCCAGUAGAUAACACGCCAAUAACACGGUAACAUGCCGCAACAUGAAAAACCUGCACAAUAUAAUAUCUUGAUUGGUCGUUCUAAAGCUGCUCAACAGAUACAAACCCUGUAUGAACCACACUGAAUGUACUUCAAAGAAGUAUGAUUUAUUUUAUUUUAUAUGUUAAAUGCUGCAUAGACUUUUGGAGACUAUUCUGUAGUCUCUGGCCUGUAUGAAUAUUAGUGUGUUGAUUUCGCUACAUUUCAUAAAGAGGCUAACAUUGCCUUAUUCCUGGGGAAUACAAAAAUAUAUUUUGUAGGAAAGUGCUUGCUUCUGACGCAUCGCUGUUUAGCUUCUACUUGAAAUGAAAAGUUAAAAAGCCCACAAAUUGAUUAUAAUUGUUUGCUACAAAGUUUUUGUAUUUAUUGAAUUUACAAAACCCUUUCAAGAUUAUUGUUUACCAUAUUCCUACUUCUAGUAAAACUAUUAGUGAACAUUAAAGCUCAUUCAUGGAUCAAUGCUGAUCAGGUGUAUAAAAUGAAUAUCUGGGCUUACACACCGCUGUGCUAUUGGCAACCGAACAGGCCAAUCUGGUGGUUAUACACAAAUAGCCCCAUCUGCUGGUGAUUCACAAAGUAGACCGCAGCUGGAACACAACUACCAACAAUGUGCCACUGACUUUUAACCUAAGCAUUAUAAGCCUUUACAUGGCUAGUUUAAGAUUAAGAAAACAGGCAUCGGGCAAGUAUGAAAACCGUCUUUAACAAAACUUUUAAUAACCUGGUUUCACAAAGUUGUUCAUCCUAACAAAUGAUAAACCAUACUUUGAAAUGUCAGCGAGGAUUGUUGAUCAAUUGAAUAAAAACUAUUCAAAAGGUCUUCCAAUGUUCUGUCUUAGAGUUAGGUAAAGAAACAUCUCACCUUGGGUUUGUCAUAUGGAAUAUGGAUAAUUAUUCAGAAUAAACAGAACAGUUAUUUUAUAUAAUCUGCAUUUGUGUUACAUUUGUCUGUCAACAGUUUUGCAGGCAAGACAAAAACUAUAAUAAAACAUUUUAUCAG